AUGGUUCACGCACUUCUCAUAAAAAUUUUAAAUGUAUUAGCUUAUGUUUUUCUUUUGAGUGCAAACGUGUACUCUGGUCUCGAAAGUGACGACAGUGGUUCUCCUUAUCAUAAUUCCCACGUAACUUAUAUCUCUCCAGCUCCUUUUGUCUUUGGUGUUUGGGGUCUUAUUCACUUAUUAUUAGGAGGCUUUGUCAUUUAUCAAUUCUGGGAUUCUGCUAACGAAGUCGUUACUGAGGUUGUCCACUGGCAUUUUAUUUGCAUCGCACUUCUUAAUACUUUAUGGUUAACUUUAUGGGAAAAUAAUUAUCUAAUUCUUGCAGUUAUUGUCGUUCUCUUCAUCUCUGGCCAAAUUUCAUUCGUCUAUUAUCAUCUCCAAAGACCCAAUUUUGUUGCUCAAAAUUGGGCCGACAAACUCUUUAUUCAUGCUCCCUUCUCUUUGUACCACGCAUGGAUCGCUGUGAUUCUAACUCUUAGCAUUUUCGCCGCUGUCACUCCUGAAAAGACUGAUGAGCCCCCGAUUCUUCUUGUUAAAAUUGUUGUUGUAAUCGCACUAUUUAUACUUAAGAGUUUGUCUGUCGCCUACAUUGAAGGUGGUAAUAGCGAUAUCGCUGGUUCUAUUGUUAUUGCUUGGACUUUGAUUGGUAUUUUUGUCGAACAACAAGACCCAAUUAUCCAUUGGACUUCUCUUGUCCUUGCAAUCCUCUCAAUAUUCCAUAUUGUCAAGGGUAUAUUCGUCCUUUUCAAUCGGGCAAGGAGUGGGGAAUAUCAACCAUUGAACCCUUAA